GAGAUAAUGGAGCCUUUUCUCGAGAUGGUCCCUUAUCUGAUUGUGGAGUGCGGAGACCAGAUGCAUGGGUUGGAGCGAUACACUUAUGAGAGACUCCUCAAAGAUGUACCCACGGCCAACAAUGGUGAUUGUGGCGUGUACGCUGCAAAGUACAUUGAAUGUCAUGCUCUUGGGGUCCCCUUUAGCCCUAAAGACUUUGCUAGGUCCAAUGCGAAGACUAUGAGGGAUACUAUGGCUUUGGCUAUAUGGACGGAGCUUGUUGAUCAGCAUCUGAAAGAUAAUGAGGAUGGUGGUAUGUUUGUAGGCAUGUAUGAUUAGAUACACAAAUCAAUUUGUAUAGAUUUUUUAACUUGUAUAGAUUUUUUAACUUGUAUAGAUUUUUUAACUUGUAUAGAUACACAAAUCAAUUUGUAUAUUUGAACUAUUUGUAUACACAAAUCUAUUUGUAUAUUUGAACUAUUUGUUUACACAAAUCUAUUUGUAUGUUUGUGGGCAUGUAUGAUUUAUUUGAUUUUCUAACUUGUAUAGAUUUUCUAACUUACAAAUAAGUCGUCUGGAAGGUUUUCCAGCUGGACGACUUACAAAUAAGUCGUCUGGAAGGUUUUCCAGCUGGACGACUUACAAAUAAGUCGUCUGGAAGGUUUUCCAGCUGGACGACUUACAAAUAAGUCGUCUGGAAGGUUUUCCAGCUGGACGACUUACAAAUAAGGUCGUCUAA